AUGAGUACAGCCAACACUCUGGAGAGCUGCGUUUCGUCGCUGCGCUCGAGCAUGCAGCUGCUCGACUCAUCCAUCAGUAUCCUCGAUGCUGGCACUAGCGACUUUCCACGUUUGGCUAGGGUCCUGCAGGCCACUAGGGUAGGAACAUCCUUGUCCUUCACACGUCUGACACUAACACUACCUAGCNACUUCGAACUUGUCUCCGAACCCGAACUCCAAAACGCCCAAUCUGCCCUACUCUCCGAAAUCCAACCAGAAGUCGAGUCUAUGCUUGAUCGUGUUGCCGUCUACCUCGACAAGCUUCAGCGUCGCGAAGAGUCUCUGAUUGCAAGGUGCGAACUGCAAGAAGGCCGUCUGUCUUCGCGUCAUCCUCAGCAACAAUACCACCCUACAACAUCUGCUCCUUCGUCAUCACACGCUGCCGCCAACCCGCUUGAAGAGCUCAAGAUGCAGCAGCUCAGACAGAAGAAAGACCGCUUGAGCUAUGCUGUUGGCCGACUCGAACUGCAGGCAAACCAAAGGGAGAGACAACUGAGAAAGAGCAUGGCUGGCCUUUGA